GGCACGGGCAUGGCGGAGGCGGCCGGCGCCCAGUCGCCCUUCGGCCGCCCCGCGCCGCCGCCGCAGACGGGCUGGGAGCGGCUCCGCGAGCUCUGGCAGCGCGACGAGCGGCGGCAGCUGCCGGAAGAAACGGUGAAUAUUGUCAAAUCGGCAUUCUCGGGGGGCGUCCUCGGCUGGGUGUACGGCGGGCUGCCCGCCUUCCGGCACGCCAGGAAGGAGUUCAUCGCGCGGAGCCACGGGGAGCUCUUCCACAACCGCGCCGACGCCGUGCAAUCAGCUCACCGUGCUGGUCUCAGGAGCUUCAUCCGCUAUGGCUGGCGCUGGAGUUGGAGAGUAGCUGCUUUUGUGGCAAUAUUUAACACAGUGAGCACUGGUCUGUCUGUGUACCGCAAUAAAACCACCGUCAGUAAUUUUGCUGCAGCAGGAGCCUUCACAGGAGCCCUCUUCAGAAUGCACUUGGGCCUACAUGGGCUGGCGGGCGGCAGCGUGUUUGGAAUAGUGUUUGGAAUCCCUGCAGGGGGCCUCUUAAUAAUAAUGCAAAAACUUGCUGGUGAGACAUUGCAGGAGAAGAGAAAUCGUGAGCGGAGGGAGCUGUAUGAACAGAAGUUAGCAGAAUGGGAAUCGAGGCUUGAUGUAACUGAAGUCUUGGCCAAACAGAAAGCAACGCUCAGGGAGGACCAGAGAGAAGGAGAUAGCAAGAGAAUCCAGGAGCUGCUAAAUCUUCCCCAGAUCUGUUGCAAGCAACUAUGAAGUGUUUUGAUUCUGCCCAUUAAAAACUCUUCGGUUAAGGGGGGAAGGAAGUAUUCUGUGAACUGAGGUAUAUGCUUACAUUUCUGAAGAAACAAUUUGAUGAAAACAUUAAAACAUUGUUAAUGGAUGUGUAUCACAGCACAAAAGCUUGUAAGGGGCCAACCUAUUCGACUUCAGAAGGUGGAAAUGCAAGCUCUGCAGAACAGUAAGUGACAGCUAGGUUUGGCUGGGGAGGAGAGUAGCUCCAGAAUCUUUGACAGAACCCAUUUCACUUCUGAAAAUAUCCAGGCCACCUGUAAUGUAGAAAUAGGGGAGGUAACUUACUAAUAGUUUGGCUGCUAAAGAUACCCUGGUUCUAAAAGCUAAUUUCAUUCUGGUGAAGGCUACUCUUUAGAUGGCAGCUGGAGACUGUUGUCCAUGACACAGGCAGCACUAGCAGUAGUCCUUUCUGUCCUCCUGUCAUCCCCCUAUCCACAGUUUGACUUGCCUGUGUGGGGCCAACUCUGAUUGUGGUUUCUGCAGGCUUUUUUUUAAAGAAAAACACACUUGGUUCCUAGGGUAAAUAGGGUAUUUUGCAAUCAGUGUAGAGGAAGGGUGGAGGACCUGGGAAUGAUAUGGAAAUACCCUGAAAAAGACAUGUUUUGUCUUACUUUGUAGAAGGGUGGCUGAGAAGACCACAGCAGGGAUGACUGUUUGUGGUGGUGAUGGUGGAAGGAUUGAUACCAUGGGCAGUUUUAGUAACAAUAAAAAGUCAUCUAAUUUCAUUUGAAGGUGAGACAUUAGGGGAUUAUCUCUGAGGGAAAUGUGGUUCAAGAUGCUCAGUAAAGCUAUUUUGCAGCAGUGAAAUGUCUCCAUAUUAUUCUUAUGCUGUAUUUGCAUUACAGAAAGGUACCUGAGUGAUAUCUCAUGAGAAGAGCUAUACCUGAGAUGUCACCAGUGAGCAGUUAAGUCAGCGGCAGCAUCAGGCUCUCCUUUAUCUAGACAGUAACAUGGACGAGAGCCAGGAGAGUGCCAGCUCCAUUAAUUAUUGGUACCAGUGACUGACUGCUAAGUCAUAGUUGUUAGCCAUGAGCAGGGCUGAAGUUAAUUUCAUAAAGGCCGGUACCUAGAAGGGCCAGGUGGCCCAUCACCAUUUUCUUCAAAUCAGAAGGUCAUAAUUCUGGUCCUUUUUGCUUAUUAGAGGUUUUUAGUCUAUUAAAGAGAAUUGUAUCUGGCAGGGGGUUCUGGUCUCCUUCCCAGAAGUAGAGUAGUUACACUGUUCCUCCAUUACAGUUGAUAGCUGUUGAUUGAAAUACGAGCAGUUGAUUCCACAGAGCAUAUUCCACCUAAAGCAGAUUUUUUGGCACAGCUUGCUUCUGAGAAGAUGCUGCUUCCUAACUUAUAAACUGAACAUUUAUUUACUUAACACCUCAGUAUAGGUCUUUUUUCUAUGGAAGAAAUACGUUUUCUUUUCUUCAACUUUGUUUUUUCUUCCCUAGGAUCCCUAGGAACAACUAAAGGAUCUGAAUAAGCAGAACUAUGGAUAAGUCUCCCACUCUUCCAUAUUUUUACCUUUGCAUGCUUUGGUGGCAGUAGUAAGAUUACUGAGCACUGUAACACAUUGCCCAGAGAGGUUGUGGAGUUUCCAUCCUUGGAGAUACUCAAAAGCCAUCUGGACACAAUCCCAGGCAACAUGCUGUAGGUUACUGUGCUUGAGCAGAGGAGUUGGACUAGAUGGUCUACAGAUAGCUCUUCCAACUUCAACCAUUCUGUAAUUCCCCUGUGCCCCUUCAAAAACUAACAGAACAGUAGGCCUUUCCAAGUCGUGUUCUGAUAACAUUUAGCUAUGUCAUUGCUCCCUCUUCCUCUUUAGUGGCCACUUACUAGGAUGACUAAAGAAUACUGAUUCUCUUGUGUCUGUGACCAUUGAUAUGGUAAUGUUCUUCCCUGGGAGACUAGUCAGAGCUAAGCUAGCAGAUAGGAUUUUCUUUCCUUGUAAGGAAGAAAGGGGUUGCUGAAUGUCCUUUAUGUUGCACAUUCGCAAAUGAAGCAGAGACCUCAUCUGCAUUCAGCUCAAGAUCAUCAGCCAUUUUUUGCUUUAUUUCCUGCUAAGUUAGCUCCCUGCACUUCCUCAUUUCUUGUAAUUGAAGCCACUGUCCAAAAUGGGGUGUGAAGAAUUGGUUCAGAGCUUAUUUUUGAAUCCAAAUGUUCCUUCCAGGAAAAGGCACAAUGAUGAAGCUACCCUGACAGUGGAGGACUGGUAACUAACACAGAUAGGAGGGAUACAGCAAGAAUGUCUUACACUGGAUUUUAUUUUUGCACUGAAAAACACCUUUUAGGGAAGGAGAAAAAUGACCUGGUGCAGGCUCUAUGCUACCAGCAUAGCUAUGUUGUUCAGUUAAUCCUCAAUAGAUCAACAAAAAUGAGUUAUGCUGAAUUUACAGGUCAGGUGCUUGAGUGCUAUUUUUGUCAUUUCUGUUGAGCACACCAACCAGGGCUGGCUCUCGAACUUAGCUCUAGCUAUUGUAGUACAGUUUUGUUAGCCAGUUCCAUCACCUACCUUGCUGUGAUGGUCUACUUUUUUUUAGAGGCUGUGAAAUGGUUGCUGGGGCUCAUGUGAAUAAUUGAGAGGCUCUACUACUUCCCAGCACUUACAGCAGACAUCUUUAAUUACUGAGGAAAGGAUACAAAGUUUGCCAUUUAACUUUCAAUACAAUUAAAGGAGAAACAUCAGGAAAAUUAUUAUAUACAAAAUACUUGCAAUAAGAUGAGAGCAGCUCACCUGGUACAAAGACCCAGGUAUCAAGCUGGAAAGGUCUCAUGGAAACCAUUUGUGUGCAAUUCACUGAAAACAGCAUAAGGUAAUGGAAAACAUAACUCAUACUAUAAGUGCUUAAGAAAAAAACAAAAACAAAAAAUAAAAACCAACCUGCCUACCAAGUAAAUAAAAACAACUUGAUGCUAGC